AUGGUUCAAGGUGAGCACAUCGCAUCUGUACGUAUCAGUCUUGUGCGCGGUGCUUUUGACGACCCAGCCAUGCAGGAGCUAGUUGCAAAGGACUUCCAAUAUCCUGCUCCAAUUCAUAUCAAGUGGUCUUUCAGUGCGGUAAGGAUGAAGGUUUGUUCCUUGACCCAAAUUCUCGUAGCCCCGCCGCAUCAUAUUCAACAACCUACCAUUUGGUCGGAAUAUCGAACCUACGGGCAUGGCACUGUACUGAAGCUCGAUGCGCUAAACCAUGGGAAGGAGGACACAGUCACCUGGAAUCCAGUUGAUGUGGCAGUGGACAAACCAUCUUAG